UGAACACAGGCAGAGCAGCAGAAAGAGAGAAGGGCUGAGCUGCGACACUCAGUCACAGAGAGGCAGAGGUGUGAAUGAGUUAGGCAGAGGAAGAAAGGCAGCCUUGGAAAGUAAUAGCGGGUUUUCUGUUGCAUAUCGGUUGAAAGUGGGAAAAGAGAUUACAACAUUUCCGGUAGAGAGAAAAGAAGGGGAGAGUACCCUAUAAUUUCGUUUUUAGAAGGGUUUGCCAUACUUCUCCACCAGAGCAAAGAGUGUUGUUUUAGGGACACCGAGGACCCGUUGCAAUGAUAAGGAUUUUGGUAACGUGCGUCUCCACGGUGUCCAUCAUCGGGAUGGUGGCCGGUGCUCGCGGUGGAUACGGGAUGAGUAUGUUCGCGGCUCAAUCCUCUCCUCCGGACCCGUGUUACGACGAGAACGGCAACCCCAGACGCUGCAUCCCCGACUUUGUGAACUCCGCGUUUGGAAAGGACGUGCGCGUAUCCAGCACCUGCGGCGCUCCGGCGUCACGGUACUGCGUGGCGACCGAGAAGGACGAGGAAAGAUCGAGGGACUGCAACAUCUGCGACGCCACGGACCCCAAGAAGUCGCAUCCCCCUGCGUACCUGACAGACCUCAACAACCCUCACAACCUCACCUGCUGGCAGUCGGAGAACUACGUGCAAUACCCGCAAAACGUGACUUUGACGCUGUCCUUGGGGAAGAAGUUCGAGGUGACUUACGUGAGCCUCCAGUUCUGCUCUCCUCGCCCCGAGUCCAUGGCCAUCUUCAAGUCCAUGGAUUACGGGAAAACCUGGGUGCCCUUUCAGUUCUACUCAACCCAGUGCAAGAAAAUGUACAACAAACCGAGCAAGGCUGCGAUCACCAAGCAGAACGAGCAGGAAGCGAUCUGCACGGACUCGCACACGGACAUGCAGCCGUUAACGGGCGGCCUCAUCGCGUUCAGCACGCUGGACGGCAGACCCUCCGCGCACGACUUUGACAACUCUCCCGUCCUGCAGGACUGGGUCACGGCCACCGAUAUCAAAGUGACCUUCAACCGGCUGCACACGUUCGGGGAUGAAAACGAGGAUGACUCGGAGCUCGCCAGGGACUCGUAUUUUUACGCCGUGUCUGACCUACAGGUCGGCGGUCGGUGCAAGUGUAACGGGCACGCGUCAAAGUGCGUGAAGGACCGCGAAGGGAACCUGGUGUGUGAGUGCAAGCACAACACGGCGGGACCGGAGUGUGACAGAUGUAAGCCGUUCCACUACGACCGGCCGUGGCAACGCGCGACGGCCAGAGAGGCCAACGAGUGCGUCGUCUGUCACUGUAACUUACAUGCCCGCCGCUGCCGCUUCAACAUGGAGCUGUAUAAGCUAUCGGGCCGCAGGAGUGGAGGAGUCUGUCUCAACUGCAGACACAACACAGCCGGACGGCACUGCCACUACUGUAAAGAGGGCUACUACCGAGACAUGACCAAGGCCAUCUCACACAGACGCGCCUGCAAAGCCUGUGAUUGUCAUCCGGUUGGAGCAGCUGGUAAGACCUGUAACCAGACCACUGGACAGUGCCCGUGUAAAGACGGUGUGACUGGCAUCACCUGCAACCGCUGCGCUAAAGGAUACCAGCAAAGCAGAUCACCCAUCGCCCCCUGUAUCAAGAUUCCUGUCGCUGCACCCACAGCCACCUACAGCAGUUCAGAAGAGCCCACAGGCUGUGACUCCCACUGUAAGACUCCCAAGGGCAAGAUGAAGGUCACCAUGAAAAAAUACUGCAAAAAAGAUUUCGCUGUCCAGGUUCACGUGCUAAAAGGAGAUAAGGCGGGCGAAUGGUGGAAAUUCACUAUCAACAUCAUAUCGGUCUAUAAGCAGGGCGGACAUCGCAUUCGCAGAGGAGACCAGCUCCUGUGGGUGCGCGCUAAAGAUGUGGCCUGCAAAUGCCCCAAAAUUAAACCGGGCCGGAAGUACCUGCUGAUGGGCUCUGAUGACGAUGACUCGCGCGGUCAGAGCGGCGUGGUGGCGGACAAGGGCAGCCUGCUCAUCCCAUGGAAGGACCUGUGGGCCCGUCGGCUCAGGAAAUUCCAGCAGCGUGACAAGAGGGGCAAGUGCUAGAGGAAAACACGGAGGAAGAACAGAGAGAUCAGGAGAGAAGGAAAAGAAAAAAAAAAUAAUGACC